AUGUUUGGCAGUUCUACAUACGGUAUGCCGUCUCACGGCUAUCCUUAUAAUUAUACUACAACUCCUCUAAACUCACCACCUUUAGGUGCUGGAGCUGGCAUGCACGGUUUCUGGGGCCCUGACUACUCUCACACUCCCGCGCCUACCCCUCAACCUCAGUCCCCUUAUGCAAGUAGCGGAAGGUCAAGAUCUAGCCAGCACAGACGUCGAAGUGAUCAGUUGCCUGGACGAGAAGGCGUCCCCUCCUUCCCAGCCACCCCCCAGCCAAGCAGAGGGUCUGCUACGCCUGCUGGAAGUUUCUCGCCAUACAAUUAUAGCACGCCAUCUCCACGUCCAUCCUCCUUUGGGCCGGCAGCUCCAUCUCCUGGAGGAGACUACUAUUACACGAUGAGCCCGCAAGGUCCUAUUCCAACAGCUCCUACAGGUUACGCUUCACCACUUCCAUCGGAUUACGAAUAUGUCAGUUCCCGCCCUCGUGCAUCUCCUCGAGUUCGUUCUUCUCCUUUUAAAAGCCAGGCACAGAGCCUGCAGCGAUCUUCUUCUCGUAUCGAUUCUGCCUAUGGUGGUGAUGAUGAAGAUGAUAUAUCAUCUUCAUCUUCUCCAUAUCUCUAUCCUAAUAUUUCUUUUGUCGAUGAAAACCAAAAACCUUCUCGUUCUUCCCCUUCUAAUAUCAAACAUGUAUCUUCUAAACCUUCUCCACGGCCAGCGUUUGAGCCUGACUCUCCCAACGUAGAGUUUAAGCUCAACGUGGAGCAACAUUUUACUGACGAAGCGUAUUACGACUAUGAAGAGCUGGAUACUAAUCAUGAUCGCUUGUAUGCUUCGUACCAACAGACCGUUCCAUCAUCCCCUUCCAUGCACCCCCCUCCACGUGAACGCACGAGGUCUCGUAACUCCAAGACUCGUACUCCUGGGCCUGGAAGUGACCAUCCGCACUCCCCUCCACCAAGUGCCGAAGAUAUCCGAAAUCAUACGCCCCCAUCCAGAGACGCUGCUGCCGCCCACGGAAUCCCUCAAGGAUACUCAACAAAGAACUGGGAUCAACAAGAACGACCAAUAAUGCUUCUCGGAUCCGUCUUCGACGCUAAUUCUUUGGGCAAGUGGAUUUACGACUGGACUGUCUUUCGACAUGGAACAAACUCACAGGUCACUGAGCAAGCCGGCGAGCUUUGGUUGCUUCUCAUUCAGUUGAGCGGCAAGAGCAAGCGCGCUAGGGAAGUCGUUGAAAACAAUCGCAUCAAGAGAAGAGAGAACCUCGUCCUUGUCAAUGAAUUUCUUGAGUCCGGCGACCGGCUGUGGGACCGCAUGAAGCGCCUUCUCAAGCAUUGCGAGGAGUAUAUGUGGAGAGCUGCCCAACCUGUUCAGGGAAGCGAGGCUAGCGCAAUCCGAAAGGGCUCUCCUGGAGUAACCAUGGGGAAGCAAUCCGGAAAGGAGUUCGUUGAUGCCAUGUUUGGCAAGGAGCGAGAGCUCGAGCGCACGGAGAAGCUCAUGACGGGUAUGAAGUUGUGGAGUACCCGUUUCGACGCAAAUUGCGAAGAAAUUCUCCGAAGGCCACAUGCCUAA